AUGUCAAUGGCCUUCACUGAAAAGGAAUGGGAAGAAGUAGUGAUACCUGAAAUGAUUCGGAUUACAAAGUCAGGAGGUUUUAUUGAGAUUAUGGAAUUCGACCUUCUACCUAGAAAUGCUGGUCCAAAUUAUUUAAAAGUUACCAAUGGCCUAUUAAAAGAACUCCAGUCACGUGGCAUAAAUGGACGAAUAACUGAACUAUUAUCAGAAAUGAUGGAAUCAACAAAAUCAAUAGUAAAUAUCCAACAAGAGAUAAGGACACUUCCUCUUGGAAGUUGGGACGGUGAAGUGGGUAAAAAGCACCAAGAAAGUAUGAUGAUCUUACUGGGAAAUUUUGCUCCUCAAUUAGCACGUGCAAUUGGAAUAACAACGUAUGAAUUUAACGAAUUACUCGAGAAAGCACGUAAAGAAAUGGAAGAUGAAUGGAAAACUUUUGUAAAUUUUUUGAGAAUUUGGGGACAAAAAGUAUGA